GAGGAUGGAGACCAUAAAAGCGGCCUUGCCGUCAACUAUUGUCCCGAGCGGGCGUUAAGGGACUCGAACGUUGACGCAAGUGACCCCUGCCCUCGUUUCAAAAAGGGGUGGAGAGGGGGAAAAAACCGAGCGAGGAGAUGCUCCUCUUCGGCGGCGGGCUGCGGGCUACCACCGAGCACCAUGGAGCCUCUUUAGGGACGACAUCCACCGGGUAAACAUCACCGAAAUCCACCGAAAUCCUCGCAACGGCGCGAUUUUGAAUACACGACGAGGCUUCCAUCAUGACGAGGUUGGUGUUUAUGUCUUCGAGGCGCUGAGGAUCCAGCGCCCCCCGUGACACGGGCCGUGUCGUGCCCGGGUAGGAGAUGCCUUGUGCGGCCACGCGUGCGAGCUUCGCCCCGGUCCGAGAAGGCUCUUCCGUGUUUAUGUUGGCGCCACUACCAGGCCUUUGAGUGGAACAUGAGCUCGGCAGAGGAUGUAAGUGAAGUUUAAAAUAAUAAGAAGAGGAAGAAAAAAGAAGCCAUUAUGUCGAAAGUGGUCAGCAACAAGGAGAAGAAAUCCUUCAGCAAAAAGCUGUUCCGCCGGAGUUCAGUCCGCUCCGUGGGCAGCUUCAUGAACAGAGUUCUCCGGACUCUUUCCACGCUGUCUCAUUUCAGCACCGACGAGCAGGCCGCCCACGACGACAAGGACGACGCCGCGCUGAUAGCGACCACCACCGGGGGCUCGGUGCCGUCCGACGACAGCGACUGCGGCGGGUUCCCGUUCGGGGACAAAGUGCCAGGCGUGGCCGGCCUGAAGAACCACGGCAACACCUGCUUCAUGAACGCCAUCCUGCAGUGCCUGAGCAACACCGAGCUCUUCGCGGAGUACUUGGCCUUGGAGCAGUUCCGUGGAGGAGGAGGAGGAGGAGGAGGAGCAGGUUGUGGAGGAGGAGAGGCCGGGAGUGGGAACGACAGCAAGGCGAGUAAGUCCAACGGGGUGCUGGUGCAGAAGAAGGGCAGCCGGCAGCAGCAGCAGCAGGAGUCCGGGGAGGUGACGGAGCAGCUCUCUGGUCUGGUCCGAGCUCUGUGGACCUUUGAGUACACUCCUCAACACAGCAGGGACUUCAAGAACGUGGUGUCAAAAAGUGCUCUUCAGUUCAAGGGGAACUCGCAGCAUGACGCCCAGGAGUUUCUCCUGUGGUUGCUGGAUCGAGUUCACGAGGACCUCAACAACAUCAUCCACCCUGACGUGCGACCCCCCAGGACGCCUCCAGUCGAAAAUGAAAAUGCUCCUGAAGGAUCUCCGUUGCCAACGCCUGGCUCUUUUGUGCAGGAGCUUUUCCAGGCACAAUACAGAUCCUCCCUGACGUGUCCUCACUGCCAGAAACAGAGCAACACCUUUGAUCCUUUCCUCUGCAUCUCACUGCCAAUCCCGGUGCCUCACACACGGCCCUUGUAUGUAACAGUGGUGUACCAGGGCAAGUGCUCCCACUGUAUGAGAGUGGGCGUCGCCGUGCCCCUGUCAGGUACCGUGUCCAGGCUGAGGCAAGCUGUGGCCCAAGAGACCAAAAUCCCCGCCCAACAGAUCGUCCUCACAGAGAUGUACUAUGACGGCUUCCAUCGCUCCUUCUGCGACGACGACGACGACCUCGAGAUCAUCCAGGAGAGCGACUCCAUCUUUGCGUUUGAGACGCCGGAGCUCUUCAGGCCCGAACAGAUCCGCUCGAAGAGAGGCGGGAGUCCGCAUGCGAACCUGAACCAGAACAACCUGAAGUACGGCACAGAAAACAACCGGAUAUCCGCCCAAAUCCAGGAGCCCACGACUCCGCCCCCAAGUCCCAACAAGAACAGCGGGCAGGACGAGAAGGUGGUGUUGCUGGUUUGUAACCGAGCAUGUGCCGGCCAACAAGGACGCAGGUUUGGUAAUCCCUUUAUACUCUACUUGGAGCGUACGGUCACAUGGGAUGUACUACAGAAGGAAAUACUAGAGAAGAUGCGGAACAUUUUGCGCCCUGGAGCCGUUGUGCAGGUUGGGCCCUUCACUUUACGUGUGGUUGGGGUGGUUGGGAUCACAUAUCUCCUUCCUCAGGAGGAACAACCACUCUGUCAUCCAUCUGUGGAGCGAGCGUACAAGUCUUGUGGUCCUGGAGGGCCGCCUCAUGUCAAAAUUGUUGUUGAAUGGGACAAGGAAACAAAAGACUAUCUGUUCAAAAGAACAGAAGAUGAAUACAUCCCGGAUGCUGAAAGUGUGCGGCAAGUGAAGGAGCAGCACCUCCAGCCUCAAAACUGUUCGCUUGCCCAAUGCUUUCAACUCUACACCAAAGAGGAACAGCUUGCUCCUGAUGACGCCUGGCGCUGUCCACACUGCAAGCAGCUCCAGCAGGGCAGCAUCAAGCUGAGUUUGUGGACCCUGCCUGACAUCCUCAUACUGCACCUCAAGCGCUUUAGACAGGAUGGAGAUCGUCGCAUGAAAAUGCAAAAUAUGGUGAAGUUCCCCCUGACCGGCAUGGACAUGGCGCCGCACAUGGUGAAGAGGAGCCAGAGCAGCUGGAGCUUACCCUCUCACUGGUCGCCAUGGAGACGGCCUUACGGGAUGGGCCGUGACCCCGAGGACUACCUUUACGAUCUGUACGCCGUGUGCAACCAUCACGGGACGAUGCAGGGAGGACAUUACACAGCUCAGUGUAAGAACUCCAUUGACGGACAGUGGUACUGUUUCGACGAUAGCGACGUUCAUCCUGUAUCAGAAGAAGAGGUGUGCAAGCAGACGGCUUACAUCUUGUUCUAUCAGAGACGUGCUACCAUUCCAUCCUGGUCUGCAAACAGUUCCGUGGGAGGAUCCACAAGUUCUUCCCUGUGUGAGCACUGGAUCAGCCGCCUAAUGGGUAGCCGCCCACCAAGCCAAGCGUCCUCCGGUUCCUCCAGACGAACCUCACUAGCUUCUCUUUCGGAGUCGGCUGAGUUUGCCGGAGAACGAAGCGAGGAUGACGCCCUAUCGAGCCGACCCGCGGUGAGAGGCAUGCAAAGGCAGACUUUCUCCUCAAGGGCAUCCAUUGCUAGUCCGCUGGUGCUCAGUGAGAAUGGCCAGAAACCAUCCUGGUCUCACUCUGCUAAGCUGCAACUCCGCUCUAACUCCCCGUCACGUUUCUCCCUGGAAUCCCACUCCUCCUCCCCGACACUCGAAAUGAUAGGCGAGGUGGUUGAUACCAAAUUGUCCACCUCCUGCUUCAAUGGGUCUCCUAAACUUGGAAGCAAAUCUGUGUUGGAUCAAAAUCCUGGAAGUAAUAGACUGAUAGAGCAGCUUCACUCCAAAGUUUUGUCCCAGGCAGAGACAAGGAUCUCCGUCCAGACCGGGGACAACAACAAUCUAGUCAGUGGUGCUGAACAAACCAGUCCUCGACAUGGAGCGACUGCCAAGGAGCUGAAGCAAAGAAACGUUCCCGCAGAUAGCUCAGGUGUCAAACGAACCUCAGCAAAGACCGGAUUGGAGGGUGAAAGAAGCCCCAAGAAGCGUCCUGCUGUCUCGUCCACGUCCUCCAGCUCUCUGUCUCCUGCGUCCCCAGCUGUUGAUAAGUCACCUGCUCGAGCGCAGGCUAAAGGUGCUACAAACAACCCAAAAGACAAGAGCGACGGAGCCCCGAAAACCAGUAAGGCUGCUUCCUCUAGAACGGCAACACCCUCUAAAAAAUCAUCCCAGACACAGGAGGGGUUACACCCAGAUUCUGCGAGGAAGGGUUGUUCUCCUGGAAGCUCACACCCUCAGAAGAGAACCGCGCCCAAAGGGGGUGGUGAUAAAGUCUCAGCUUCAGGUAGGACUAAAGGAGCAGAUAGGAGCACCAGCCGGGACUCAUCACGGACUGCUGCGCUGGCUGAGAAGAAAGUUAACGGUGGCGGUCCUCUGUGUCGGUCCAGUGCCGGAAGUAGAGUAGAGGGUAGGCCUGGUCGCUCUGUAGAGAACAGGAUGAUUGCACGCAGUUCUAGCAGCAGCUCCUCCAUGGCGAGUCUCCGAUCCUCCAGUGUUGUUGUUCCCUCCACCGGCCCGCCGUCAAGGGCAGCAAGGAGGAACAGUAAGACCGAGGAAAAAGCUUUGUCCUUCUUCAAAACUGCCCUCAGGCCCAAAGACCUUCGCAAGUCGUCGGACGGUGGGACUCCUGAAGAUGGCGGUGGAGAUCUGGCAAAAGAAGGAGGGUCCAAGAAACCUCAAAACACAACCUCCGAUGCCACCGCAGCUAAGGACUCCUCAAAGGUUUCCGUUGCAGCUAAACAUUCACUGCUGCCCUCCGCUAAAUCCAAACUCUCAGAAACCACGAACCAGGCUUCUUCCGCGAAAGACCCUGCGAAGAAAGAACCUGCUAAAAAGACCAUGCAGUCCAGGAAAAUCCCCAUUAACUCCACCCAAUCAAACCAGAGGUCUAAAUGAAAUCCACCUUCGGUCCUCACUCUUCUUUCUAGUGCAGCUCCUUUCAGUGGUCACUGGUUACCAGCUGCCGUACGGGACACUUCCUGUCCAUGUUGUUCUCUCGUUAUCUAGGAAUGGAAUUUUACCAAAGCACUUUGUAUGGAUUGCAUUGAUUUCCAGGAAAUACUCUACUGUAUUGUAAAUACGCAUGGGUUGCUCAUGUAUCGGAAUGACUGCCUCGUUUUUUCUGUCGCUUACUGUGGGAGGAAGCCUCGUUUUCACCAGGCGGCCUGGUUCGUCACGUGGAUCGGCGUGGGUGAAAUUUUCCAAAAGAAUUCCGCGGCUGGAGCCAUAGCGAAGGUCUUUGUGGACUUCUUUACACAGCAAACGAGGUGAGACUAAGCAAUGCACCUUAAAUGCUCUAAUUACAGUCGGCAAAUCUAAACUUAAUUUUUUAAAGUUUAAAAAGGGGAAAGGAAAACUUGAUCCUCUUUUACCACAUUGUGUACUGUUGCAGAUGUAGCUAAAGCUGCUGGAUACUUCAAAUGCAGCCACUGCCUUCUUGUGGAGUUUUUAAAAAAACAUAAAUCUGUAGGUUGCCUACAGUCGCAGUUUGUUUUUAAUAACUGGCGCUAAUUUUUUGCUUUUGUACACCACUCUGUAAUGUUAAUUGGAGCAUUUACGGUAGGCGUUAAUUGGUCCAACUGGUGGAAACGUUGCUUUUUUGGGGUGGAAGAAUUGUAAACCCAGAUGACGAAUUGACCGCCAAGUCACCAUAGGGAGUGUAAUGGCGGUUUUCUUUUUUAAAAAGAAAAAAAAAAGCUCUCCUUUCAAUAUGGGGGAGACAUAACAGUGUCAACAUCAGUGCCUCAGAUAAUCAUACUAUUUAAAGGAAAUUGUGUAACUUGCAGGUGUAAAAAUUUAUAAGCAUUAUCAGAAGCACUGAAAAUGUAAUUUGAAGUCACACCUAUGUAACCUUAAUGGCUGUUUACACACUCGAUGUAGUUAUUGUGCAACAGAGGCGGCCAGACGGCGAGCAUGUACAGUGUCAGUGGCGUUACUGGACAUCAUGUAUGCGUUUGUUUACUUGUAACAACUCGAUUAAAACCCCCUCGACAUUCACUGACGGCGCUCUCAGACUGCCACAACGUCUCGGAACAUUCCUCUCAAAUAGAAACACAGGGUGUACAAAGGUCAUGCACAUUUAACACAGUUGAGUAAACACCAGCCACAAAACUAAGUACACCUGCACCUGAAAUCUAAUGAGUAGAUGCAAAUAAUUAUUGUUGUUUGGAAAUACAGUAAACUACAAAGACCUUUCAGUAUAGUAAUGCAUUGUACAAACCCCGUUUCCAUAUGAGUUGGGAAAUUGUGUUGGAUGUAAAUAUACACAGAAUACAAUGAUUUGCAAAUCCUUUCCAACCCAAUGUGUAUUCGUUAGAAUGCACUACAAAGACAAGAUAUAUGAUGUUCAUACUCAUAAACUUUAUUUUUUUUUUGCAAAUAAUAAUUAACUUAGAAUUUCAUGGCUGCAACACGUGCCAAAGUAGUUGGGAAAGGGCAUGUUCACCACUGUGUUACAUCACCUUUUCUUUUAACAACACUUGAUAAACGUUUGGGAACUGAGGAAACUAAUUGUUGAAGCUUUGAAAGUGGAAUUAUUUCCCAUUCUUGUUUUAUGUUGAGCUUCAGUCAUUCAACAGUCCGGGGUCUCCGCUGUCGUAUUUUACGCUUCCUAAUGCGCCACACAUUUUCGAUGGGAGACAGGUCCGGACUGCAGGCGGGCCAGGAAAAUACCCGCAUUCUUUUUUUUUUGCGAAGCCACGCUGUUGUAACACGUGCUGAAUGUGGCUUGGCAUUGUCUUGCUGAAAUAAGCAGGGGCGUCCAUGAAAAAGAUGGCGCUUAAAUGGCAGCAUAUGUUGUUCCAAAACCUGUAUGUACUCUUCAGCAUUAAUGGUGCAUUCACAGAUGUGUAAGUUACCCAUACCAUCACAGAUGUUGGCCUUUGAACUUUGCGUCGAUAACAGUCUGGAUGGUUCGCUUCCCCUUUGGUCCGGAUGACACAAUGUCGAAUAUUUCCACAACCAAUUUGAAAUGUGGACUUCUCAGACCACAGAACACGUUUCUACUUCACAUCAGUCCAUCUUAGAUGACCUCGGGCCCAGUUUCUGGAUGUUGUUGAUAAAUGGCUUUCGCUUUGCAUUGUAGGAUUUUAACUUGCACUUACAGAUGUAGAGAUGAACUGUAUUUAGUGACAGUGGUUUUCUGAAGUGUUCCUGAGCCCAUGUGGUGAUAUAUUUUAGAGAUUGAUGUCAGUUUUUGAUACAGUGCCGUCUGAGGGAUCAAAGGUCACGGUCAUUCAAUGUUGGUUUCUGUCAAACGCCGCUUAGGUGGAGUGAUUUCUCCAGAUUCUCUGAACCUUUCAAUUAUAUUAUGGACUGUAGAUGUUGAAAUCCCUAAAUGUAUUGCAAUUGCACUUUGAGAAACGUUCUUAAACUGUUUGACAAUUUGCUCACGCAGUUGUGGACAAAGGGGUGUACCUCGCCCCAUCCUUUCUUGUGGAAGACUGAGCAUUUUUUGGGAAGCUGUUUUUAUACCCAAUCAUGGCACCCACCGGUUCCCAACUAGCCUGCACACCUGUGGGAUGUUCCAAAUAAGUGUUUGAUGAGCAUUCCUCAACUUUAUCAGUAUUUAUUGCAACCUUUCCCAACUUCUUUGUCACGUGUUGCUGGCAUCAAAUUCUAAAGUUAAUGAUUAUUUGCUAAAAAAAAAAAAAAAGUUUAUCAGUUUGAACAUCAAAUAUGUUGUCUUUGUAGCAUAUUAAACUGAAUACGGAUUGAAAAUGAUUUGCAAAUCAUUGUAUUCCGUUUAUAUUUACAUCUAACACUAUUUUCCAAAUCAUAUGGAAACGGGGUUUGUAUUCGACAAACAUGUUUGUUAUGGUGCUGGUGUACCUACUGGAGUGGCCCAUGAGUGUACUGUACAUAGCGUGUUUGAGGCAAGUCACCAUCGCCGCUUUCUGCUCACACAGCAUCACGGUCCAUGUAAAAAAAAAAACAUGUUGCAUGAUGACUCGCUAAUGCAUGCACUAAACUAUGCAAGCAAACUCUCGCUAAUGGCCACCACCGCUGAGUAUGUGGAAAGCUCUUAGAUGUGUACAUAGUAUUUCUUAGUGGUCUAUUUUUACAACAACAAAAAAAAUGCCAGCAUCAGAGAGCAUGUGGAAGGCAUUUCUUUAUUGACGCUUUGUUUGCACAAAAAGUAAUAUAUGACAUUUUGUAUGAAUGUUAGCGACUGCUCAUUUACUCCAAAGUAAAAAUCAACUCACCUAUCAAAGAAGAGUGUGCAGGAUUGUGUUCAUUUCUUUCUCCUUCUGGUACCCUUUGCUUUAAUAAUUCAUGCAGUUUUUAUUGAGCGAACACAAAACACUAAAGUGUGAAACAGUGUUAAUUUAUUUAUGUUUGUAAAGCUUGUUAUUUUAUUAUUUU